CAAAUUUUUGCUCCUCUGACAACGACAGAAUUGGAUUAACAAUGUUUCAAGAAGAUAUAGAUGGCUGCCCUCCACUGAACAAUCUGACAGAAAAUCCACAAAUUAUAACUGAAGAGAAUGCACACAUAUUACGACUGAGUAAUUAUAACAUCCAUGUUGGUACCAAAGUAAACGUAAGCUGUCCAUAUCCAUAUGUUCUUGAAGGAGAGAGAACACUCACAUGUUUAUCAAACAAAUUAUGGUCAACAAACGCCACUUGUUUGUUUUCCGAAAUAGAAGAAGAAGAGUCUUUCGACAAGAGAAACUUAAUCAUUGGUCUAUGUGUUGGGAUAAUCUUCGCUUUGCUCCUUGCAGUCUUCAUAUUUACUAUUGUUAAGGUAAAAAAGCGUACAGGAAAGCCGGAACAAGAAAAGGGUCUGGGAUUCAAGCAAAAUGCCCAAAACUACAACUUCACCAAUCAAACAUUCACGGAAACUUCAAACAGACAGCUAAAUGGGGAGGCUUCCAGUGAAUACAGUUGUUCAACACAAACAUUUCUUCUGAAUGGACAGAAGGAGGAAGUGGCAGCCAAUGAAACAAUCAGGAAAGACUGUGUGAAGGAAAGUGAAAACUGCCCUCCUAAGAAACCAGUUCCAGAUUUACAAGGGGAAAAUCCAGUGGUUAAGUCUGUAGCAGAUGACAGCCUGGAGCAACAAGGUGAUUCCACAAGGCCAUCCAUACUACAAAGAAGAUACAAUAUUGCCUGGGAGAAUCCAUCUCUUGAUAAAUACAAGUUUGAUGAAAUCAAUGUGUAAGCAUGCUCUCCGUCAAGGAAGGGAUCCAUUUCUUUGGAAGCCAGUUCCAAACAAUAUGUACUUUGAUGAUGUUCCAAUGAAUACUCCAUACUGACAAGACCAAAGGAUUUCCCCUGAUGUUUAUUUGGUAAAUAUCUAAAGAAGCAAUCAUCUACUCAAAUAUCAAUACUCUGUAGUAGCUGGAAAGUUAUGGAACAAGAAACUUAAUCCAAACUAUUGACAUAGAAAUACUAAAGAAAGCCUUUUUGACCUCUUCUAAAAUUAGACAAUAAAACACAUUUUAACAGA